AUGUUUUCCUUCCAGAUAUUCGAUCAUCUAACCGGAGGAUUCGCUCGACAGACACGACCGAAACGGAUACUGGAGUGUUUCUGGCGCUUCAGCUACUAUACUUUCGCCUUUGUCUAUGGAUGUGUUGUGCUGUGGAACAAGUCAUGGCUAUGGGACGUGAAGCAGUGUUGGAUUGGCUAUCCGUUCCAUCCCGUCGAAGACAGCGUAUGGUGGUACUACAUGAUCGAAACAUCAUUCUACUACUCGUUACUGUUUGGUGCAUUCUUCGAUGUGAAACGAUCCGAUUUUUGGGAAAUGAUUAUCCAUCAUAUCGUCACCAUUGGCCUUCUGUCCACCAGUUUCACCAUCAAUUUCGUUAGAGCCGGAACACUCGUACUGAUCUCACAUGAUCUUGCUGACAUUCUACUAGAGUUCGGUAAACUUACACGGUACGACAGGAAUCUCAAAACUUUGACGAAUGCCUGCUUUGUUGUGUUUUUGACUGGGUAA